UGGUGUUACGGACUCGCGUCGUCGCCGAUCGACGGCAGUCGUGUGUGAGAGUGGAGGACGACACCCGCCUCCCGAGAAGGAAAAAGAUGUCGCUACUCGCCGCAUCUUCCACUGCCUUCUCGAAGCUUUCCCAUCAAUCUCCUCUCCGCCGCACGAGUGCGUCUACCGACAGCAGGAGUCCUCCUCCCCAUGGCCGCGUCGUCGUGGUCCGGGCAUCUCCAGUGCCCGCAGCUGACGGCGUCGAGUUGGAAGGGGAGCUGGAGCUGCCUCGGUGGGCGGGGGAGACCUCGCUCUCCCGCUUCAUCGGGGCCCUCAUCUCCUUCAAGCCUCUCUUCUCGGUCAUGAAGCUCGGGGCACGGCAGCUCCUCAUCGGUAAUGCGGAGAAGGCGAAUAUACCGUGGAGGGAGAUGACGAAUGAGAUUCUGAAUUCGGACGUUUACAAGGAGAUGGAGAGCGUCCAAAAUCCGUCUCUGGUUUAUCCGGAUUAUUAUCUAAAUCCAUUUCAUGCAUAUGAUGAAGGGAACCUAUCUUGGCUGGCAGCUGCAGAGGCAGAAGCUGCAACCAUGUCCAUUGCAAAAUUAGCAGUACCUGAUGCCCCUACAGUUGAUGAAGCAAAUAAAAUUGUACGCGGCAAUUGGUUGAAGGCAAUUGAAAUUCACCUUAAACAAUAUUCAGGGAAUUCAGAGACCAAUGAUAUUUUAGACAUUGGUUGCUCUAUAGGAGUUAGCACACGGUACCUUGCUGAAAUGUUUCCUUCAGCUAAUGUUACUGGGUUAGAUCUGUCUCCUUACUUUCUGUCUGUUGCGCAAUACAAGGAAAAGAAAAAAGCUGCAAGGAUCAAGCCUAUUAGGUGGAUCCAUGCUAAUGGUGAAUGUACAGGGUUACCUUCAAAAUCAUUCGACCUAGUCUCACUAGCUUAUGUGCUUCAUGAAUGCCCUCAACAUGCAACAAUUGGAUUAGUGAAUGAAGCUUUUCGCCUGCUCCGACCUGGAGGAACAAUUGCUGUGACAGACAACUCGCCCAAGUCCAAGGUACUUCAGAUUCAAAAAUUUGCAGGAACUCUCCCCAGCGAAGUUCACGUUGCUCAAAAGCACAGAGCCGUUCCUCGAUGAAUACUAUCUUUUGGAUUUAGAGAAGACAAUGAGAGAUGCUGGAUUUGUUAGCGUCAGGACAAUUAUGACGAGUCCCAGACACAGAACUGUUACAGCAACAGUGCCUCACUGUUAGAUAGCACUCUCAUGUCCUUCACAAAUAUAAUGAGUAUUAAAUUGAAAUGUAUGUAUAUUUGUGUUGAAUUUUAUUUUCAGUGAUUAUAUUAUUAGAUAACAUUUUCUUUCAAUACAUGUACGUCUGUACUGAGAGUAUUACUUUAGACGAGAAAAUCCGAAAUAAUUAGAAAUUAAUAUCUUUGUUAUUCUUAUUA